UGAUUCUCAAUUGGACCACUCCUUUUCAAGCUUAUUAUAUGUACACUACUUUGUAUUACCUUAACAAGCUGAAGAAAAAACCUGCCUAAGAAGAUUUUAGAGUACUCCACUUCAAUAAAAAAAAAAAUGGCUGCCACUAAUGAGAAGCAGAAGAAGGCUGGAUUCAUGUCCCUGUACAAGCCGGCGGCCGCCACCGGGACGUAUCGAUUUCAUCUUCCGGAGCCAAAGAAGGCCGGUGAUGACGGUGGUGAUUAUAGUAAGAAUUACAUUUCACGUAGCUGGUUUUUCAUGAGAAAACCAAAAGGAGUAGUACGUAGUAAAGAUCAUCAAGUUGAUCAUGACCUACAUGGUGGUGAAAAGGUCAUCCAACAAGGAGGCGGUGGCAGUGGCGGUUGUGGUGGCGGAGAAAAGCCAUUGGUGGUUAAGGGAAGGAAGUCAGUCUCACAUGUGGAAACGAAUUUGGGAUCAGUGGUUGCAUUUCUCCAAGUGAAGGUUUUGGUUAGUGACAUGCCUAGCUUCAUGCAAGUGCAUGCGUUUAGAUGUGCUAGGCGAACUUAUGAUAGCUUGGAAAAGUUUAGUGCAAAACACAUGGCUUAUAAUAUCAAAAAGGAGUUUGACAAAGUACAUGGGGCAGCGUGGCACUGCAUAGUGGGCUCAAGUUUUGGGUCAUUUGUGACCCAUGGAACUGGUUGUUUCCUCUACUUCUCAAUGGAGAAACUCUACAUUUUACUAUUCAAAACUAAAAUACAGAAAGCAGUAGCAGAUUAAUAUUAACUCUCUCUCUCUCUCUCUCUCUAUAUAUAUAUAUAUAUAUAUACAGUCCAGGCCAGUACUAUUUACCCUAGAAAUUGAUAUAAAUCUAUAUAUUAUCGUCGAACUUCAUGAUUCUACUCUCUGUAUCAAGUAGAAGUUUGUACAUGCAUGACAGUUAUUAUAUAUUAUAUAUAUAUAUAUUUAUGCACAUUCUGUACUGUAUAUUUUAUUGCUUGUAUGAUUGACUGAUUAGAAAUUAAGUAGUACAUUCAUAUGGUUAAAUUGAUUUAUUCCC